AUGUCGAAUUUCUCUAGACAAGUUCGGCUCUCGUCGAAUCUGAUCAGAGAUGUACACUACAGAAUUUCACGAUCAUUUACAAUCGAAUGUCAUAGACCCACCAUUAUUCAUAAAAAAGGUGUCGAUAUUAUUCACAAUCCAUGGUACAAUAAGGGGACAGCAUUCUCAAUGACUGAGCGAGAUCGGCUUGAGCUGCGUGGACUUUUACCUACAAAUGUUCAAACCGUCGAACAACAAAUUGAUCGAUUUAAAACAGACCUGAAGAAGAUUGAGAUGAAUGCUAGGGACGGAGAUACGGCCUCUCUGGCCAAAUGGCGAAUACUAAACAGGCUACAUGAUAGAAAUGAAACUAUGUAUUAUAAGAUUCUUAUUAACCAAAUAACGGAAUACGCCCCAAUAGUGUACACUCCAACCGUAGCGCGUGUUUGCCAGAAAUACAGUGGAUUAUUUAGAAGACCAAGGGGGAUGUAUUUCAGCGCCGCUGAUCGUGGAGAAAUGAUGUCAAUGGUUUAUAACUGGCCUUCUGAUCAGGUUGAUAUGAUUGUUGUCACUGAUGGAAGCCGAAUAAUGGGUCUUGGCGAUCUUGGAGUUCAGGGGAUCGGCAUUGCAAUAGGAAAGUUAGAUUUAUACGUUGCCGCGGCUGGAAUAAAUCCUCAAAGAGUGCUUCCGAUCAUGAUUGACGUUGGAACCAAUAACGAGACCCUUCUUAAAGACCCCCGGUAUCUUGGAUUGCAAGAACACCGUCUUGAAGGUGAGGAGUAUGUUUCCAUCAUUGAUGAAUUUAUGGAGGCUGUAUUCAAUCGUUGGCCCCACGUAAUAGUGCAGUUUGAAGAUUUUCAAGCCAAGUGGGCCUCGACGUUACUGAAUCGCUACAGAAAUACUUACAGAAUGUUCAAUGAUGAUGUCCAAGGAACGGCAGGAGUCGCAGUUGCUGGUCUUCUAGGAGCGGUAAGAGCACAAGAUAAGAUGAUGAUUGAUUUCCCAAAGCAAAAUAUUGUUGUUGCUGGUGCUGGAAGCGAAGGAGUUGGGGUUCUAAAGGCUGCCAGAAGAACUAUGGCUAGAAUAUUGGGAAAUAAUAAACAUGCUUUCAAGAGUGCAAGGAGUCAGUUCUGGGUAGUUGAUGUUAAUGGUCUAAUCACAGAAGAGCGUACAAAUGUUAGCGAUGAUAUCAAGCCUUUUGCACGGAAGACCAAGGAAAUUACACGGUGGGGACUCAAAGAAGGAGCAACGCUAUUAGAAGUGGUGCAGGAAGUGAAGCCUGAUGUACUCCUUGGGUUGUCUGCAGUCGGCGGCUUGUUUUCUAAAGAGAUAUUAGAAGCAUUUAGAGGUUCAACUUCAACCAGACCAGCAAUAUUUGCACUGUCGAAUCCCACAACCAAUGCGGAAUGCACCCCUGAAGAAGCGUUUUCUAUUGUCGGUAAAAACAUUAUUUUUGCAAGUGGAAGCCCGUUUAAGGAUGUAGAUCUUGGAGGUGGAGAGAUCGGCUACAGUAAUCAGGGAAACAAUAUGUAUCUUUUUCCUGGCAUUGGUCUAGGUACCCUUCUGUCUGGUGCUAGAAUAAUCUCGGACGGCAUGUUACAGGCUGCAUCCGAGUGUCUAUCUGAAUAUAUGACUGAAGAUGAGGUUCAUAAAGGAAUUAUAUACCCUCCAAUAUCAAGAAUACGCGAUAUAACAAAAGCUGUAGCUGCUGCUGUGAUUAGAGAAGCGAUAGACGAGCGUCUAGCAGAAGGAUACCGUGAGAUGAGCUACCGCGACCUCAAGAGACUUAAUAAGGAGGAAAUCCUUAUGCAUGUGGAGAACAAUAUGUGGCAGCCUGAUUACCCAACAUUGAUCUAUAAGUGA